AUGAGUAGCAAUUUUAUUGAAGAGGAAGCCGAAUUGGAUGAGGAAGAAUUGCAAGAAAACCAACUCCGACGUGAUGAUGAUGAGGAUAGUGAGGAGGAAGAUGAAACAGAAAAUCUUGAUGCCUUCGAAGAAGACGAUUUUAUUGUGAAUGAUGACGAAGUUGAUGAAGGAGAGCAAGUGUCGCCUCCAAUCGAUCAAGAGUCUAACUUACACAAAAGAAAAACCCACCCAUCAAAGAAAAAGAGAAAAUUCAAGAGAUUGAAGAAGGGUGAAGAAAACCUUCUAACCAAAGAAGUCAACGAUCUUGUUCAACAACAACAAGAAGAAAACGAACCAGAAGCUGGAGACAUGGAAGAUGAUUAUGGUGAAGAAGAUGAGGAUGAGGAUGACAGAUUUAUUGACGGAGAUGAUCAAGAGGAUGAUAUUUUCGGUACUGACGAAGAGGAAGAGGACUAUCUUCAACCUGUUGAGGAUGAAGAGGAACGUAAAUAUACUCUCAAAGAUAUAUUUGGAGCCGAUUUAUUAAAGGAAAAGUUUUUAACUGAAGAGGAUGAACUCAUACGAAACGAAGACGUUCCGGAACGAAUCUCGCUUAGACAAGGCAUUAGACUUUUAGAUCCUGAUGAGUUGUACAAUGAAGCAUGUUGGAUUUACUCAAAAGUUUUUCAAAGCGAUGCCGAAUUGCACAUGGAAAGAUAUAGAAAGUACAUUGAAUAUGAUUCCAACAGAUUUGACAAUCUCAAAAAUUUAUUUGUUGAAACUAUUGUCAAGGUUCUUAAGUUUAUUCUCCAAAUGAGAUAUGACAUUCCUUACAUUUCACAAUAUAAGAAAGAAGAGUUUGCCCAUGUCUUACGUACGGAUGAUUAUUGUGAUAGCAUUGAUCUUAUCAAUGACCUUCAAUUGCAUUUUACUUCCAUUCUAAGCGAAGACUCGGAGGUUCAAAUCGGUGAAUACAAAAGACCAAAGAAGAAAGACACAUAUUCUUUGGCUAAGCGUGAGGGAUUAGCGGUAUUAGCAAACAGAAUGGCUCUAUCCUCUCAACAGUAUGCAGAAAACCUUUCAUCUGAGGUUACCAUUCACGAACCUGAGGAUUAUCAGCAAGAUCCUAUCAAGACAGCUGAAGAGUUUAAAACAGCAAUUUUUGAUUCGGCAGAGAGUGUUCUUUCUGCUACUAGACAUUACUGUGCCUAUCAAAUUGCGCACGAACCUAAGAUUCGUGAAAUUGUUCGUUCAAAAUUUGAGAACAAUGCAACCAUCAAAAUCAAGUUAACUAAAAGAGGAAAGGCUCUCAAAUCAGUGGAAGAUACUGAGGACGUAGAAUCAAGCUUCCUUUCUCUAUUUAAAGCACGUGAUAGACGUUCAGAAUAUAUUUUCACUCAGCAAAAUGAUGAAUAUACUACUCACAUUCAUUAUUUGAACGAGGACCCAGAAAUAUAUUUGAGAAUUGUGAAAUAUGAAUCUCUAGGAUUUCUCAAGAUGUCGCUGUAUUUAGAAGAUAGACACUUUGACGACUUAUUCAAACCCAGUGACCUAUAUUUGAGCCAAAAGCAUUCACAACUGGCAACAUCAUGGAAUGAUCACAGGCUUAAGAUCAUUGAAGAAGCAAAAGGCAUUCUAAAUAGAUCCAUCAAUUCUACUGUAAAAAAUAACCUAAAAGCAAAAGCCUGUGAGAAAAUUUGUGAAUUAUGCGAAGACAAGCUUACUCAAAUGUUGAUGGAAGGUCCCUAUGACCUCAAAUCGGAAGUACCAUUCAAUUACAAAGAAUUUAUUGAAGAUGCUAAACCAAGACCAACCAAGUGCAAAGUUUUAAGCUGUAUACCUGGAGGUGAAGAAAAAGAAAGAACAACAUGGGUUAUGUUAGAUGAGAAUGGUAACAUGAUUGAUAAGAAGAUCUGGCCUAUUGGUCAUCCAUUCCAAACUUCAAAAACCAGUGAGCACGAUAAAGAAGUUUUAGAUUCCAUGAAGAGAGACUUGAAAGAUUUAAUUAACGCUCACCAUCCUAAGGUUAUUGCUCUUGCAACUUGUGGAGGUCUUAUCUUUAAGAAAAUUAGAGAGGCCAUUUGUGAUGGAUAUCCUUCAAGGUUAGACUUUCUCAAGGAAGCUCAAAUCGACGUUCAGAUUGUUCCUGAUGACUUGGCAAGAAUCUAUGAAAACUCUGAACGUGGUAACAAAGAAUUUCCCAAUGAGAACAAUGUUGUUAAAAGAGCUAUCUCUGUUGGACGUAGAUUGAGAGAUCCCCUAACAGAGAUUGCUGGCUUUUUUAACAAACAAGAAAUACUAUGCUAUAGAUUUCAUGAUUUACAGGAUGUCAUUCCUAAAGAACAGCUUGUGAGAUCCUUAGAGAAAUCUUUUGUUAGAGUUGUGAAUAGUGUUGGAGUUGAAAUUAACAGAAUCAUCAAUCAUGGUCCACUUCAAUCAGUGCUCAAGUUUGUGAGUGGUCUUGGUCCAAGAAAAGCAGAAAUGAUUUUGAAUAGAAUCAAACAACAACAUGAUGAGCCAUACAUUGUAGAUAGAGAGUCUGCUUCUACUCAACUGCUUGCAGAUCAAAAGAAUGUUGCUCUGAAUUGUUUAGGAUUCUUCAUCAUUCGUAAACCUCCAAACCUUUCAUUUGAAGAUGAUCAAGCUAGACAGUUCAAGAUUAUUGAUGCUACUCGUGUUCACUUGCUCUCUUAUCAUCUUGCUAAAAAGAUUGUGGAAGAUGCCCUUGAAACAGAGAACUUGAAACUUGAAAAGAUUCACAAAAUAUUUAAAAAACCUUCUGUACUCGAUGAACUGGAUUUAGACACCUAUGCCGACGAGCUUGAGAAGAGAGGCUACGGAAAGACUCAUAUUACAUUGAAGGAUAUUAAGGAAGAGCUCAAAUAUCCUUUUAAAGACCCAAGAAAAUCAUUCAAGUCCAUUAAUUCGGAGGACAAGAGAGUAUUUGAGCUUGUUACCAACGAAAAUGAUUCUACUCUUCCUAUUGGAAAACAAGUUUUAGCUACUGUUGUGGGCGUACAAGAUAACAUUGUAUUUUGUAAACUCGAUAAUGGUCUCUAUGGAGUGGUGAUUCGUCCUAACGUCAACGUCGAUUUCUAUAUUGAAAAAUUUCAAGAUUACUUUAAAGUUGGGGAGGAAAGAUACUUUAAGAUCAAGCAACUGGUGUACAGAGAGUUUAAGGUUCAGCUUGCUCCAAUAGCAUCAGAGGCUCCUCUCAACAAACAUAAACAAGAAGCAGAGGCUAACAUCAAGACAGGUGUUUCAUCCAAGAAGCGUUUCCACAGACAAAUCAAUCACGCAGCCUUUAGAGAUUUUGACUAUGCCCAAGCUGUAGAUUUCUUGGCUGAUAAAGCACCAGGUGAAUUAGUCAUCAGACCUAGUAGUAAGGGUUAUGAUCACUUGGCCAUUACAUUCAAGUUUGGAAAUAAUCUCUACAUUAAUUAUGACGUUGAGGAAGAGAAGAAGGGAAAAGACAUUAAUUCUCUUGGAAGUACUCUCAAGGUCAAUGGAAAGACAUUCUCCGAUUUGGAUGAAGUCAUUUAUUAUUGUGUUGAAAAUUUGAUGGAUUAUACAAAUCAAUUGAAAACAAGCAGCAAAUACUUUGAUGGAAACAGAGAUGAGGUUAAAAACAUUCUACGAGAAGAAAAGAAGAAAAAUCCUAAAGUUAUUCCUUACAGAAUUGUCAUGAGCACCUCAAAGCCAGCCAAAUUCUAUUUCUAUUACUUACCUGGCAAACACACAGUGCUAGAAAAGUAUUUCACAGUUACACCGGAUGGCUACUACUACAAUAGCAGACAAUUUAAAGAUACGGUCAAGCUGAUCAACGCGUUCAAGCAUUCGUGUCAAACUUAUGAAGCUAAACAAACCACUCAACCCAAUGCAGGUGGUUGGGAGUAA